CAAAGCGGAACUGUUAGAGUCCGUCUCCACAGACGACCGGACUCAUUUCUUGGUGCACCGUUGAGCUUUGCUGUGCUCCCGGCCGACGAGAAACUCCAACACCCAAACACGUCUUGUGAUAGCAAAUAGACUAUGGCGCUGCGUGCUUGUGGCUUUAUAGUGUUUCGUCGAUUGGCCAGUUGUGUCCCUCCACCAGGCAACGUUGAGUACCUUCUCUUGCAGACCUCUUACGGGGAGCACCACUGGACCCCACCCAAAGGUCAUGUGGAUCCUGGCGAGGACGACCUCACCACAGCUCUGAGAGAGACCAAGGAGGAGGCGGGACUGGGGGCAGAGCACCUGCGGGUGAUUGACGACUUUGUGCAGACGUUGCACUAUGAGGUGCGAGGCAGACCCAAAGAGGUGCUGUACUGGCUGGCCGAGCUGACACACCCGGCGACAGCGGUGACUUUGUCUGACGAACACCAGGACUAUCGCUGGGCGCAGCUGGAGGAAGCCUGCACUCUUGCUCAGUACAAAGACCUGCAGGACACACUGAGAGCAGCGCACAGACACUUGGAGGCUCAGCAGAACAAACAGUGAUGAGCCAGAAUGUGCAACAGGAUGAUUUUAAUAAGGUUCAUAACUGUCAAGUGGCAUGUGCGACUCUUGGACUUUAAUUUUUGUCUGCAAUAACUGGGAUUGUUUUUGUCAGACUUUAAUACUGUUAAAUCUGUUUUAAAAAAGUUUGUCUAGCGUACUGCAUAAUGUAAGGCUGAUUAUAUUCCUUUCUGUUGAAACAAAAUGGAGCAGGGAGGAAAUGAAUCAGUGCUUGAAAAUCAGAUUACUCAAGUCGCUGCACCAAAACAUGGUUGCCUGGGUUUUUGAAUCUUUAAAGAAAUAUGUAAUGAUAUUACACACAAGUGCAAAUAAACCAGGACACAAAACAUAAUAGAGGAGAAAUAAAAACAAUGGAACAGACACCUUCUUAUCGUCCAGUUGAAACUGGGUGGGCCAGUGAUAACUGGCUGAACAGAGGUAUGUAUUUUUUAAUAUUGUCUAUAGUUGGAAUAAACCAUAUUCAGAAUAAAUAUA